AAAGAAACAUCGCAAGAAACGAUUUGGACAACAUUGAAGCUAGGGUUCACGUUACAUGUACAAGGUGCCACUUCUUUUUCUCUCCAAUCAUAACAUCCAAUUUCUUUCUUCUUGCCCCCAAAAUCUCCCGUUUUACACUUUCAAUCCCAAAACUUUGCUUCUUCUGUCUGAAACUCAAUCUCAAUGGCAAAGAAAUCCAAAGAGAAGCAGAAACAAUCACAAAAUGAAACCUCAAAUUCUUCAGAUAUUUUCAACACCCUUUUUGGAGCAACCCCAACAGAUUCAAACAUUGAUUCACUCUUUUCUGAUAACAAUCCCUUCAGAAGAAAACCUAAUAAUGACAAUCCCACAGAACCAAAAUUAGGUGUUGUAGAAGCUUCUAUUGAGAAUCAAACUGAUGGGGUUUUUGAAAAUAAUGAUUCUGAUACUGCAAAACUCAAGAAGAGGAAGAAAAAGGAUAAAAAUGUAAUCUUGGAUUCAGGGUCUGUAUCUGAAGAAGCUAAUGAGGAAUCAAAUGGUGUAGUUUCUGAUGUAAUUUUGGGUUCAGAAGCUAAAGAUGAUAUGAUAGGAAAUUUGGGUUCAGAGUCAAAGAAAAAGGAGAAGAAAAAGAGGAAAAGAAAUGAGAUUGAGGCGGAGUACGAGGCAAAACGAUAUGGGGUGGUUGAUAUGGAGGAGGAGGCGGAGAAAGGGAUUGGAGAAAUGGUGGUAGGAGAAAAGAGGAAGAAGAUGGAUAAUCCAGAGAAUUUGAUGGUCUCAACUGAGGGAUUUGAUGAUGACAGUAAACUUUUAAGGACUGUUUUCAUUGGGAAUUUGCCUUUGAAGAUCAAGAAGAAGGCUUUAAUGAAGGAGUUUGGGAGUUUUGGAGAGGUAGAAUCUGUAAGGAUUCGGUCUAUUCCGUUAGCUGAUAGUGCAACUCCAAGGAAGGCUGCUAUCAUUAAGAAAAAACUCAAUGAUAAUGCUGACAGUGUUCAUGCUUAUGUUGUUUUUAAAUCAGAGGAAUCUGCCCAGGCUUCUUUGGCUCAUAAUAUGGCAGUGGUUGAAGGAAGACAUAUCCGAGUUGACAGAGCAUGUCCGCCACGCAAAAAGAUGAAGGGAGAGAAUAGUGCACUGUAUGAUAACAAAAGGACUGUUUUUGUGGGUAACCUUCCAUUUGAUGUGAAGGAUGAAGAAGUUUAUCAGUUGUUCUCUGGUAUGAAAGAGUUGGAGUCGAGCGUUGAGGCUGUUCGUGUGAUCAGAGAUCCCAAUACUCUCCUAGGAAAAGGAAUUGCUUAUGUUUUGUUCAAAACAAGGGAGGCUGCCAACAUUGUCGCAAGAAAGCGUAACUUGAAGCUACGGGAUCGUGAGCUGAGAGUGUCUCAUUCUAAAGCAAAUUCUACUCCAUCUAAGAGGAAAAGCUUGUCAACCGAAGACAGAUUCAGUUCUCCGGCAAAGAGGUUUGCAGUACAUUCAGCAACACCAGGCAGUAACGGUAAGAUGAAAGCAAAGGCUGCCAUCUCCUACCAGGGUAUGAGAGCAAGCAAAUCGGGUGUGCAGAAGAAAACUCAAUCUAGGAUGAACGACCUAGGAAAAUCAAAACCAAAAACACAGAUAUCGCAGAAGCCAAAUGAGCGCAUAGCAAAGAGACCGUCUGUUGCUGCCCGAAAAGCAAAAGCACUCAAGGCUGCCUCCUCCGGCUUGAAACAAACUGGGACAAAGAGGAAGUUGGACAACCGAACACCGGACACUGCAGGCAGAAAGAAGAAAUUUAGAAAAUCUUAGGUCUUGUAUUUGUCCACAAAGUUGUUAUACAUGAGAUAGUGUUCAUUCAUAUGUUCACUUCUCGGAUUGUGGCUGUCAGUUUCAUGUAGAACUAAAUUGUGUACAACUUGCCCCUCAUUAACCAAAGUUUACACUAUUGAUUCUGUUUUCUGUC